AUGGUCCUGACUGACCUCAGCGAUGGCGGUAUCUCCCAGCCUGCGCCUGAAACCACGACAGCGGACCCCGAGAAACACGCUGGAAAAGACUUGGAAGGGGAAAGUUUGACUGCGAGUCUCCCGGAUACGCCAAAGUCGAACUGGAACAAGCCGAUGUCAUUUUAUCUCGCUUUCGCAUCGCUAUGUAUCAUGGUAUUGGCCGUUUCACUGGACGCCACGAUGCUGGCUGAAAUCACAUCUCAGCUUGGAGGGUCUACUCUCGAGGCCUUUUGGGCAAGCAUCUCUUUCAUGCUCGGUGUUGUGGUCACUCAGCCGAUCUACACCAGUGCAUCCGACGUCCUUGGCCGAAAAAUGUCUAUAUACACGGCAUGUGUUCUAUUUAUUAUCGGUUCCGUCAUUUUUGCAGUUUCAAAGUCUAUGAGCAUUGCAAUUUCGGGACGCGUGAUUCAGGGGCUGGGCGGCGGCGGACUCGACGUGGUGACUGAGAUCAUCAUCGCCGACAUCACGACCUUGAAGGAACGACCCCUUUGGAUUGGCCUUCUUUCGGUGCCAAUGGCCUUGGGAAGUCUUGCUGGGCCGAUUAUCGGUGCGCUACUGAGUCAAUACUCAGAUUGGCGAUGGAUUGGGUGGAUGAAUCUGCCCAUCAUCGCCGUGGCCGUGGUUCUGGCGUUCUUCUUCCUGAACUUGAAACCGAUGAGCGGAAGCCUGUGGUCCAGAAUCCGAAGGCUAGACCUUAUUGGAAUGCUUCUGUUCGCAGCUGGCUGCACCCUGUUCUGCCUGCCUCUUAGCUGGGCUGGAGCAAUGUACCCCGGGUCAUCCUGGAGGACCGUCGUCCCUCUCGUCAUCGGCAUUAUCCUCAUGAUUGCUUUUGGGUUCUGGGAAACCAAGCCAUCCGAACCCGUCUUCCCCUACAGGAUAUUCAAAUCACGAACAGCUCAAGUCUCGCUCAUCGGUGGUUUCAUCCACGGCAUGGUCAUGUACACCAUGCUUCUCUACGUCCCUCUUCACUACCAGGCGGUACUAUUUCAGUCACCACUUCGCUCCGCGAUCAGUAUUCUCCCUAUUUGUACCAUGGCAGUGGUUCUCAGUGGUCUUUCCCCGGUCGUAGUAGAGUAUACCAGACGGUAUCGCUGGGAAAUCUGGCUAGGCUGGGUAUUCACCAUCAUCGGCACCGGUCUAUUCGUGCUCUGGGAUCGUAAUUCGUCUACCGCCGAGCUCGCUGGAUUCCAGGUUGUCACUGGCAUUGGAUUAGGCACUCUGUUCACGCUUCCGGCGAUACCACUCCAAGCCUCCAUGAGCAGCGUCAACGAUCAUGGCUUGGCCGUCGGUAUCCUCGUCUCGUUCAGACUAUUUGGUGCCCUGAUGGGUCUUUCAAUGGGCUCCACAACUUUCAGUAGCAUUUUCUCCAGAGAGAUCUCGUCUCUUGCACCUCUUCCAGAAGCCGUGGUCACUUUGGAGAACGCGAGCGAGGCCAUUGCAUUCAUACCAUUCCUCAAGCAAAUGAAUGGGGCUAUCCCUGAUGUGCUGAUGAGUGCGAUAAGGGAUGCAUACAAUGAAGCCAUGAGAUCGAUAUGGUACAUUCUCAUUGCGUUUAGUGGUAUCGGACUUAUAACGUCACUAUUCAUGAAAGAGCUGACACUCGAGACCGAAGAGCUUGGACGGCAGCAUCUACAAACCUCAGUUGACGAGGCCUCAAAUCAUUGA